AUGAGAAACAAUGCGGACACCGUAUUUAAGGCAUGGUAUGCAAGUGCAAUAGACCUUGGCUCAGACCUAGGUACCAAGCCAAGCAUCUCAAGAACGGCCUCACGACAGCGACACAGAGAGAACACCCCCCAUGACUCCCGGAAGAAUAUUACCGUCGGACCUUGCUUGUUCCUUUCCUUGACCAUAUCACGGAAGAGAUGUCAUCAAGGUAAACAUUUUAAAUAUAUGAUAUAUUGUAUUAGCUUGUAUUUGCCUCGUCAGUUUAAAGUUACACACAUUCAAGAUAAAGCUCCUCUUGAUAGUUCUUAAUACUAAACUCUUAGCUUAGUCAAUUGAUAAUAUAAAAUAGCAUCCUUACUUUCAUUAUAUGCACAUUAGAAGGUGCAAACCAGACAUGUGUGUGGUGACUACUGCGACUGUCUAAAUUUUUAGAUUUGGUCCUACUCAGAAGACUGCUGUCCAGUUACUGGGCCUUGUACCAAGCAUAAUCGUUACACGAGAAAAUACAAACAUUGAAGAGAUGUCGGAGAUGUACCAGUCAGAUCUUCCAAGUCCCUGGACCCUAGACAUUGAAUAUGACAGGUGGUCAAGAAAAUGGAAAUCAAAAUUAACCAAGCCAGACUCACUUCAACAAUGA